AACUUUAUGGGCGAAUCCUCUGUGGAUUCUCAUUCUCAAGAUAUUGUCCAAGACAAUUAUAGAUCAAGCAACUUUUUGUGUAAUAGUGCCUGGGUGGACAAUGGCUCCAUGGUUUUCUUUACUAAUAAAGAUGCUGAUAGACUUUCUGAUAAUUCUUUCAAUACAUAA